ACAAGAAAAAAAUUUUGUUACAAAAACAGAAAAAUUAUAUAUAUAUAUGAAACUAAGAAAAAAACGAAGGAAGAUUUAAUCAAACAAAUAGGUCUUAUAAUAUCAAGGUAUCAAUAUGGCGGCGCCAGUGAUUGAGAAGAAGCGUUUUUUCUGUAGGGAAUGGGCUUUCAUAAAACUCUCUCACUGCCUAGAACAACGACCAGCUUCGAAAACAUGUGGUACCUUGAUUGUGGGUGGACCAGGAAGCGGGAAGACGGCGCUUUGUGCCGAGUUAGCCUGGCCUUCUAAUGGCACUUCUGCAAGGCAUCAAAGAUCCUUAAAUCGCAGACUAUUGGCUCGUCACUUCUGUCAAACUAGAAGUGAGGCAUCUCUGUCGCCCGCUCAAUUCGUUCGAUCUUUAGUCGCCCAGCUACUUCAAACCAGUUCUGAUAGAAUUAAUCGACCGUCGUCCAUAUCAACUUUGCCGACAGUUUCUACAACAGAAGUUACGAAUGCGAUUACAACAAUAACUGAGACUAUAACAACAACAAUGAUAACAGUAACGACGCCUGUGACUACAGCAUCUAUGACGGUUCUUACUUCCAAAGAAGCUGUCGCAGAAGCUUAUGCUGAGAAAUUGAGUACUGACCCGGAGAUACAAGCUGCUUUGCAACCGGAUAUAUUAGAUAGAGAUCCAGAUGACGCGUUGAAGAAAGCUCUAUUGUUCCCGUUGUUAGAAGUUGAACCACCAAAAAAUAGUCUCUUUUUACUGGUAGAUUCCAUCGAUGAAGGCCAAAUAUUAAAUUCACCGCUGACUGGUACUAAAGAUUCUAGAAGGGAAAACAAUCGUGUCAGUCGUACGAUAGCUGAAUUACUAGCCAAUCAUCAUCAUUUAUUCCCACAAUGGCUUCUAUUAGUUUGCACUGCUCGACGGCAGAGUAAAACCAUCUCUCGCAUGUUCACUGGCUUUCGUAAGAUCUCGUUGGACGACCUCAGAAAGUCCCAAGUCGUCAGAGACGUUCAACAAUAUAUACUUGCACGAUUGGAUCAGGAAGAUGCACUCAGGCAACACAUCUCACGUGAUACCGCCGAAAUGUUGAAUCAACUGCAUAUAAAGAGUAACGGCUGUUUUUUGUAUCUAGAGAAAGUUCUUGACGGUGUGGCGGAGAACUUUAUUAUCUUGCGUGAAGUACGUGAGAUUCCAGGAACUUUGAAUGGCCUAUAUCUCUGGCUUUGUCAACGGCUUUUCAGCAGGAAGCAAUUCGCUAAAGUUCAGCCUCUUCUGAAUGUCAUACUUGCUGCUAAAUUACCUAUUACUCAGGAUAUACUUUAUAAAAGCGUAAAAACAGCCUGCAUCAAUAUAACAUUGGACGACUUUAAUCGCCGACUUUAUUUCCUGCGCAGAAUAAUAUCGGUCUCUCGUACCGGCGCAUUAAUGUUUUUUCAUCACAGCUUUGCUGAAUGGUUGCUGGAUGUUAAGCAUUGUACCCAGAAAUAUCUUUGUUCAGUCACUGAAGGUCAUGCCAUGUUGGCGGCUUAUUACACGCUUCGUGGUCCUGAGCUUAAUCCCGAUGAGAUUUGCGUGUUAGCUCAACAUCUGCAACGCGCAAUACUGAACAAUACAACCAAUACCAUUGGUAUCCUGGAUACCCACACUCUUCAAACGCUCUGGAUAAUUGAUAGCAGCGCUCCAAUCGAAAGCUGUUAUAUAAAUAGCUCUGAAUGCAUUCUUUGGCCCAAGCAAGAUAUGAAGCUCCUGAAACUACUAAUCGAUGCUGGUGCUAAGCCUUCCGAAAAGAUCGAAGUUGAAGAAGAUGUUAUUAAAGAUGCUAUUGUUCCUUCUAGUCAGGUUUCACAAGAUGUAAGUCCUGUAGAUGAGUCAAGUGAACCAUUAAUUGAGCUUCUUGGUGAAAGCGGUGAUAUUAAUCAAACAGAUUCUUAUGGACGGACAGUGUUACACACUUUAGCUGCCGAUGGCAAUGCGUCUCUACUAGAGUUGGCACUUUCAGCCUGUCCUCAGGCAAAAUUGGAGAUAGCUGACAGACAUGGACAAACACCACUAAAUUUAGCUGCUAGGCAUGGUUAUGGAGAUGUAGUACGUGUCCUUUUAGCUGCUGGUGCAAAGGCAGAUCAUGCGGAUUGCGAUGGUUGGACCGCCCUUAGAGCUGCUGCUUGGGGAGGACAUAUUCAGGUGGUCGAACAACUUUUAAAACACGGGGCAAUGGUAGAUUGCGCAGAUUGGGAUCAACGAACAGCACUAAGAGCAGCUGCAUGGGGUGGACAUGAAGAUAUUGUUAAAGCACUUUUACAACAUGGUGCAGACGUUAACAGAACAGACGACGAGGGUAGAACUGCCCUGAUUGCUGCUGCAUAUAUGGGCCAUAGUGAGAUUGUAGAACAUCUUUUAGAUUUUGGAGCUAAAAUUGAUCACGCCGAUAACGAUGGUAGAACUGCGCUCAGCGUUGCUGCUCUUUGCGUGCCUGCCAACCAUGGAUAUGCAAAAGUUGUCACAAUACUUUUAGAGCGAGGUGCCAUCGUUGACCACCAAGACAAAGAUGGAAUGACCCCACUAUUAGUCGCUGCGUUUGAAGGUCAUAGAGAUGUUUGUGAACUACUAUUGGAAAAUGAAGCAGAUGUAGAUCAUUGCGACGUAAUAGGAAGGACGCCUUUGUGGGCGGCUGCGAGCAUGGGACACGGAUCUGUUGUUGCUCUUUUACUGUUCUGGGGUUGCUACGUUGACAGUAUAGACAACGAAGGUAGAACUGUCCUUAGCGUGGCUGCUGCUCAGGGCUGUACAGACGUUGUAAAACAGCUGCUUGAUAGAGGGCUAGACGAACAACACAGGGACAAUUCUGGUUGGACUCCUUUACACUACGCAGCAUUCGAAGGUCACAUUGAUGUUUGUGAAGCACUUUUGGAUGCUGGUGCGAAGAUUGAUGAGACAGAUAAUGACGGAAAAAGCGCACUUAUGCUUGCGGCUCAGGAAGGACACACAUCGUUGGUAGAAAAAUUACUGGAACGACAUGAUGCUACUAUAGAUCAGCAUGCUCAUGAUGGCAAAACUGCAAUCAGGCUAGCAGCUUUGGAAGGACAUUAUGAUACGGUGAGAACAUUAUUAUUUCAUAAUGCUGAUGUUAACGCAAAGGAUGCUGAUGGAAGAAGCACUCUUUAUAUACUUGCAUUAGAAAACAGAUUAACUAUGGCCAGGUUUCUGUUGGAACACGCGAAUGUUGACGUAGAAAGUAGAGACUCAGAAGGUAGGACACCAUUGCACGUAAGCGCUUGGCAGGGACAUAUGGAAAUGGUAGCAUUGUUGUUAACAGAAGGUAAUGCUACUGUAAAUGCCUGUGACAAUGAAAAUAGAACAUCACUUCAUUUGGCUGCUUGGCAAGGACAUGCAGCAAUCGUCAGGUUAUUGUUAGAAAAUGGCGCCACUCCUGAUCAUACUUGCAAUCAAGGUGCAACAGCUCUAGGUAUUGCCGCUCAAGAAGGGCACGAGCACUGCGUUCGAGCACUUUUAGACCAUGGAGCUGAUCCAAGUCAUUCUGAUCACUGCGGGCGGAACGCUAUUAAAGUAGCUGCUAAAAGUGGUCACGAAACAGUCGUAAAAUUACUGGAGGAACAUUCUGCUGCUAAUCAACGCAUUAUGAAGGCUGGCAUCAAUGGAGGUGGUAGCAGUAGUGCUACUUCUAUAACCUCCGAUUCGACGAUUGAAACUAAGCCUUCCUCAGCAAUCCUAAACCCCCUAUCAAUGCAAUAUAGUCCAGCAGAGUCUCCAGAUUCAACAAAACGGCGCAGUUGUAUUUCUUUAGGAAAUAAUUCGAGCAAUAGCAAGUCAAGCAGUAACUUAACUGGCAGUAUUAAAAGUGACCAAGGGAAACUCAAUAAAAAUUCGGUUGUUACUUAUCAGACUCCGUUAUCCUUCACGCAACAAUUACAACAGUGUUCAAGAGGAGCAAAGAGUAGACCACUCAGCAAAUUACUGCUGUCACCUUUAAAAAGCGAGCCGCAGAGUCCAAUAUAUGCUUCUCCACCACAUUCUCCAUUUAGCGACAGUUUUAUUCCUUAUUCGCCCACAAAUACAAGCCCACCUAGUUCUCAAACAGCCGUCAACGUAAUGCAAAGUCAAUUGGGUGUAUCAUUGCUGAUGGGAAAUUCAAAUAUACUACAUAAAACGCAAACGGAAGGAUAUAAUCAUUCAACGGUCAUAUAUGAGCCAAUUAACAUCAAAACUAUAGACAAACAUAACAUUGCUAAACCGCUUGAAUUAACAAAUGAAAUGUUAGGUUUGAGCAUUGGAAAGGACAAAGAAAACGGACGUGAUAUUUCGAAGACUUUCAAUAAACGAAAUUCAGCCGAUACACACUUCUCGCGAAAUACUCAUAUGAGAAUAAUAUUGGGAAAUAGUGGAGCCGGUGUUGGUAGAAACGUCAAAUAUCUGGCUUCAGACCAUACACCUGGAAGGUAUCAAUUAGAUUAUCAAUCUCAAGAGACACAGUAGUCUGUCUCAUAUUAAGCGUUACGCACAAGCAACGCACGGGCGGCAUAAUCGUGCUUGUGUAUACAGAAUGAGCAAAGCCAUGAGACCUUUAAAUAUAUUGAAAAACGAAGCAUUUCUAAAAAAAAGAUGUUUCAAACAUCUUACAAAAUAUUAAGUGAUAUGUUAAAUGAUUAUAUUGACUCGACAUUGUGGAUGGUAUUGGUCAGUGUACAUCAAAGACAUUAAAAAAAUUUUUUUUAACACACAUAAAUACUUCACUAUCUUCUUGUAGCUCGUAUAUAGGCGUUUUCGAAUAUGUUGAAUAUAUGAAUAUGGCAUUUUUAAUAUGA